AUGGGAUCUGCACAUAUCGACCACCGCAGUCUUGUUGGCCUGGCGGAGUCCAUCGCUUCAAGUGCCAAGACAAUCGUUGAUAUCCUGGAAAGACAGAAGCUUCCACAGCCCUCUUUCUCGCCCAACAGCCCCAUGAAAUAUCCUGAAGGCUCAGAUCUCAGCAAGCUGCAGGAAGCACGAUUAAACCUCAUCACUUCCGCUUGGGCAAUUGAACAGCUGGCCGCGGGCCCACAGGAUUAUAUCUACUGGCAGGCCUACACGGUUAAACAUGACCUUACCGUUCUGAACGCGUUCGCGAGAUUUGGCAUCUUCGACGCGGUGCCAACGGAUAGAGAUAUCUCUUAUGCAGACCUUGCGCGAAAAGUACCCCUGACUGAAAGGCAACUCCGACGGCUAUUUCGACAUGCCAUGACUAAGAAUAUAUUCUUUGAACCCCGGCCUGACCACGUCGCCCAUAGUUCUCUCUCAAUAGCACCGGUCAAGAACCCGACCUUAAAGCCAUGGAUCCAUCACAAUCUUGGAGAAGUCCUACCUGCCAGUUCACGCUUGGCGGAUGCUGUUGAAAAGUAUGGCGACUCGCAAGAUCCGACUGCAACUGCAUUUAACAUGGCCUGGAACCUGGAAGAAGGGAAAGGGCUGUUUGACUGGCUUGAGAACGAUGGACACGGAUCUGAGAAAGGGUGGCGUGCACGUCUGUUCGCUCAAGCCAUGCAAGCCAUGGACGGUGGUGGCCAUGACAGGAAAUACACUAUUCAAGGCUUCAAUUGGGAGGGACUUGGCGAAGCUACUGUCGUCGACGUCGGAGGAUCCAGUGGAUUCAUUUCAAUGUCGUUGGCUGAGCGUUUUCCUGCCCUUCACUUUGUGGUCCAGGAUCUGCCGGAGGUCGAGGAUGCUUUUAACGCACUUAUUCCCACCAGUCUCAAGUCGCGAGUCACAUUCCAGCGACACGAUUUCAUGACACCACAACCCCUGCACAACGCUGACGUCUUCCUGCUGCGCCAUGUUCUACAUGACUGGUCCGAUGCCAUCGCUAUCAAAAUUCUACGGAACCUCAUCAAUGGCCUCGGCGGGACUAUGAAGAACGGCGCUCGAAUCAUUGUCUCAGACAACGUGAUGCCGCCGGUGGGAGUUUCCCCUCCGCCGAUAGAACGCCUCACCACAACAGCAGAUCUGCAAAUGUGGACGGUGUGCAAUGCCCUUGAGAGGAGAAAGGAAGAUUGGAUUGAGCUGUUCAAGGAGGUAGAUGACAGGUUAGAGACUGUGGCGUUCGUGCAACCUGAGGGGAGCUCAGAUACGGUAAUUGAGGUUGUAUUCCACGACAAAUAA